AUGGCGUCCUCACUCUCCUCUUCUGUAUCUUCCCUACAGAUGUCCCUCCAAUUACUAGAGUCUUCAAUCAAUAUUCUCGACGAGGGGGUAAAUGACUUCCCGCGCAUUUGCAAAGUGCUCCAAACCACACGGCACUUCGAACUCCUUCCCGAGCCAACAGUCCGUGAAGCUCAGAAGGCCAUUCAUGAUGAAAUUAAUCCAAGCAUCGCACACCUUCUCUCCCUGGCCUCUAACCAUAUUGACAAGCUAUCCCGCCGCGAACAAUCACUCAAAGCUAAAUUCGAGUUGCAGCAGGGUAGAUUAUCUCACGACGAUGAUGAUGAUGGCGACGAUAACAAUAACAAUAACCCAUUCGCUUCCCGACGAAGGAACAACUCGCAGCAGGCGAGAAAGCCGCUGUCGACAGGGAAGAAUGUGAUGGAGACAGCCGCGACGGCACGAGCGGCGGAACUGCGCAAGUUGGUGCAGAAAAAAGAGCGUCUACGGUAUACAGUUGAGAGAUUGGAGUUGCAGUCGAAGCAGAGGGAGAGGCAGUUGAGGAAAAGUAUGGCGGCGCAGUGA